AGUGAGCAAGCGAGUUCCGAGUCAAGUAUAAGCACCACGCGAGCCGCUAUAAUAAAACUUGGUAGAAGAGUGUGGAGAGAGGCGGUUGUUGUUGUUCUCUCCUAUUAGGGCUUUGCUUCUCUCUUUCUCUCUCUCUCAAAAGCCGCGUGCACUUCGUCAAUGGUGAUUAUCAAUCAGGAUCUACAUAAACCCUAAUUUAAACCAGUAUUUUUCAUGUGAGGAAAAUUUGUUUUUCUAUUGUUUUUGGUUGAUUAGAGCGAGAUAGAGGUUACUUGAAACCCUAGAAAUCGCUUUCGAUUGGAUUCGGAAUUCGGAUUUUAGGGUCCGAUCCGAUUCUUGCACUCUAGAUCGGUAAUAUGGAGCCUCCGGUGGCCAGAUCGAGAGGUCGGCCAAGGAAACGGAGGCGAAAAGAUGCUGAGAACACUCCGGGACUAGACGCGAAGAAGCAGCCGGUGGAGACGAGAUCGUUGGCUUUGGUUGGGCGCUAUGUGCUGAAGGAAUUCGAUGGCAGUGGGAUUUUUCUCGGGAAAGUUGUACAUUAUGAGGAGGGAUUGUAUAGGGUCAAUUAUGAGGAUGGUGAUAGUGAGGACUUGGAGAGUGGCGAGCUUCGCUUGCUUAUUUUGAGGGAUAAUGAUUUCGACGAAGAUUUGGAUAGAAGGAAGAUAAAAUUAGAUGAAUUGGCAUUGAAGAUUAGUGAAAAGAGAAGGAUUGAAUUGGAGAAGAAAGCACGUGCCUCGACAAAUGAAGGGGAUAAGGUUGAAAUGUCUACUUUGAGUGAGGUGAGUGGUGGAUUGACAAUUGAAAAGGAUGGGGAAGAGGUUGAAGGCGAUGCUGAUGCUGAUGCUGAUGCUGAUUCAUCGAGUGAUUCGUGUGAGUAUGCGAUGGAUAGGGAUUCAGGGUUCAAUACAGAGACCCCACCUAUCCCACUACUUGAGUUGCCACCUUCUUCGGGAACCAUAGGUGUGCCGGAGCAGUGUGUUUCACAUCUUUUAUCCGUUUAUGGCUUCUUGCGGUCGUUUAGUGUCUGCUUGUUUUUGAGCCCAUUUACUUUGGAUGAUUUUGUGGGGUCGCUUAAUUGUUGUGUUGCAAACACCUUGUUGGAUGCUAUUCAUGUUGCAUUGAUGCGUGCAUUGAGGCGUCAUCUUGAAACGCUCUCAUCGGAUGGCUUGGAGCUUGCUUCAAAAUGCUUGAGGUGCAUUGAUUGGAGCCUCCUUGAUUCAUUGACGUGGCCUGUUUACUUGGUCAACUAUUUAACAGUUAUGGGAUAUGCAAAGGGACCUGAGUGGAGAGAAUUUUAUGACGUGGUUUUGGAUAGAGAGUAUUAUUCCUUACCUGCAGUUAGGAAGUUAAUGGUUUUGCAAAUCCUGUGUGAUGAUGUCUUAGAGUCUGCUGAGAUAAGAUCUGAGAUUGACAUGCGUGAAGAAUCAGAAGUUGGAUUAGAUUAUGGUACAGAAGCAUCCAAUCCUUCUGAAAAUGGGCCUAGAAGGGUCCACCCCAGAUAUUCUAAAACUUCUGCUUGCAAGGACAGAGAAGCUAUGGAGAUUAUUGCAGAAACGCAUGAGAUGAAGGCAUCAGGAAACAUAAAUUCUUCAGGUUAUAAAGGUACCAAACAGGAUAUGGAUGGUGCUGAUGUUGAUGUUGAUAGCAAUGGUGAUGAAUGCCGGCUUUGUGGCAUGGAUGGGACCUUGCUUUGCUGUGAUGGGUGCCCGUCAGCAUACCAUUCAAGGUGUAUAGGUGUGAUGAAAAUGUUUAUACCUGAUGGGCCAUGGUACUGUCCAGAGUGCACUAUUGAUAAGAUUGGGCCUGCCAUUACGAUGGGAACAACACUUAAAGGAGCAGAAAUAUUCGGCAUUGAUUUGUAUGGACGGAUUUUCUUGGGUUCUUGUGACCACUUACUAGUGCUUAAGGCUUUUGUAGAUUCAGAACCAUGUUUCAGAUAUUUCAAUCGGAAUGACAUCCCUAAAGUGCUGCAAGUUCUUUGUUCAUCUGUGCAACAUACAGCUUUAUACUUGGGGCUGUGUAAGGCAAUUUUACAAUAUUGGUCUAUUCCAGAAAGUGUCUUCUCUCUUCCAGUACAUAUGAAUUUAGCAAACAUAAAGGAUUAUGGAACCCUUUCAAUGUCAUUCCCUUCUGGCAAGGAAGACCAGAAAGUUCUUCAUAUGCCUGAGUCUGAGAACUAUGGGAAUAAUGAAAGCAAAGCCUCCUUGGAAACAACUAUUCACACUGACCAUUGCAGUCUUCAUAGCAAUGGUGGUACAAGACAACAGGAUUGUCAACUUAUGGAUAUGAAACUAACUGAGGGGAUAAAAAUGGACUGUGCCAUUUCUGGUGACUCAGUUAGUCAGCAAGCUGAUCAAUCUGACUUGACACACCAAAGUUUGGUUGGCCGAUCAAGUGCAAUAGAGCUUACUAUGUGCACCUCCAGAAACAACAAUGGCAGUUAUACUGGGCAUGGCAGUGGUAUGUGUUUUCCUGUGAAUUUUCCCUCUCAAAGCAAAGAAGGUAAUAGAUCAGUGUAUGGAAAGGGUGACAGCAAUUCAGUUGAUAAUUUUUUGUACCUGGGGUCAUCCCUUAAACCUCAGGCAUACAUAAAUAACUAUAUGCAUGGAGAUUUUGCUGCAUCUGCUGCUGCUAGACUGGCUGUUCUUUCAUCAGAGGAAGCUCGGGUUUCAGAGGCUCAUGCUUCAGAUCCAAGGAAAGUUGCAUCUUCCAACAAUCUUUUGCAAGCAAAAGCGUUCUCACUAACAGCCUCUCGUUUCUUCUGGCCAAGUUCUGAAAAGAAGCUUGUGGAGGUCCCAAGAGAGAGAUGUGGUUGGUGUCUGUCUUGUAAGGCUCCUGUUUCAAGCAAGAGAGGAUGCAUGUUAAACCAUGCUUGCUUGUGUGCCACAAAAGUUGCCACGAAGAUCCUUGCCAACCUUCGUCUCAAAAAGAGUGGAGAAGGGAGUCUUGCGAGCAUUGCAACAUACAUUUUGUAUUUGGAGGAGAGUUUAUGUGGUCUGAUAGUUGGCCCCUUUUUGAAUGCUAUUUACAGAAAGCAAUGGCGUAAGCGAGUAGAACAGGCUUCAACUUGCAGUACAAUAAAGGCUCUAUUGCUUGAACUUGAGGAACACAUCCGCAUCAUUGCUCUUUCUGUGGACUGGGUUAAGCUGGUGGAUGGUAUGUUAGAUGAAUCUCUUAUGAUUCAAAGUUCUACAUGCACCAUUGGAACAACACAGAAACGUGGACUUAGUGGAAGGCGAAACAGGAAACAGUCUGCUGUGUCUGAAGUGACAGCUGAUGGUUGCCGUGACCAGAGUUUUGAGUGGUGGCGAGGUGGGAAGCUGUCAAAAAUUAUAUUCCAGAGGGCAAUUUUGCCUCGCUCAUUAGUUAGAAAAGCAGCUCGCCAAGGUGGUCGAAGGCGGAUUUCUGGUAUUGAUUAUUCUUCUGAUAUUCCAAAAAGAAGCCGACAGUCAGUAUGGAGAACUGCAGUUGAAAUGAGUAGGAAUGCAUCUCAUCUUGCGCUUCAGGUCAGAUACUUAGACUUUCAUUUGAGAUGGAGUGAUCUUCUUCGUCCUGAGCAGAACCUCCAGGAUGGAAAAGGUCCAGAGACAGAAGCUUCUGCCUUUAGAAAUGCUGUCGUUUGUGAUAAAAAAAUUGUGGAAAAAAGGAUUAGAUAUGCAGUUGCUUUUGGGAACCAAAAGCAUCUUCCUUCACGUGUCAUGAAGAAUAUCAUUGAAAUAGAGCAAAGUCAAGAUGGAAAAGACAAGUAUUGGUUUUCUGAAUCUCGCAUUCCUUUAUAUUUGAUCAAAGAGUAUGAAGAAAGUGUUAAUAAAGUACUCUUGCAAUCUAUUGAGGAGCCCUUGAAUGUAACCUUAAAGUCUCAAAGGCGGUUGAAAGCUUCCCGUAGAGAUAUUUUUUUCUAUCUUACGUGCAAGAGAGAUAAAUUGGACGUGUGCUCUUGUUCCUCAUGUCAGCUGGAUGUUUCUCUUGGAAAGGCAGUCAAGUGCAGUGCAUGCCAAGGUUAUUGUCAUGAAGCAUGUGCCAGAAGUUCAACAAUUUCCAUGAAUGAUGAAAUUGAGUUCUCGAUUACCUGCAAACAGUGUUACCAUGCAAAGGCUCUUGUGCAAAACAAAAGCUGUAAUGAAUCUCCUACCAGUCCCUUGCCAUUGCAAAGGCAAGAAUAUCCUAACUUAAUGACAGUCAAUAAGGGUGGAAGGCCUAAAGCUAAUAAUCAAUCAUCAGCACCUGUGAGAACUCGAGAUACUCGUUCUGAGCUGAAACCAGCUACUCGAGAUAUUCGUUCUGAGCUGAAACAAGCUACUUCUGAUUCUAGCUUGGCAAACAAAAGCCGUCGCAAGCUGUGUUCUUGGGGUAUUAUAUGGAAGAAGAAGAACAGUGAAGAUACAGGCAUCGAUUUCAGGCUUAAAAACAUUCUUUUGAAGGGCAGUUUGGAUGUACGUCACUUGGAACCUGUUUGUCACUUGUGCCAGAAGCCCUAUAAAUCUGAUCUUAUGUACAUUUGCUGUGAGACAUGCAAUAAAUGGUUCCAUGCUGAAGCUGUUGAACUUGAGGAGUCAAGAAUUUUUGAAGUGGCAGGCUACAAGUGUUGCAGGUGUCGUAGGAUAAGGUCACCAGUGUGUCCUUACUCAGACCGCAAAGACAAGCUACCCGAGGUCAAUAAGACACGCACAAGGGAUACAAAACAAGGAAAUGUAAGAGCAGACUCUGAUUCGGGAAUAAUUUCUGAAUCUAGAGAGUGUGAACCUGCAACUCCUGUGUAUCCAAUGGCAGAAGUUCGAAAACAAGAAUAUAUAGACUGUGAACCAGCUACUCCAGUAUGGAAUAUGGAUGAAGGUUUGUACCAAGAAUUUAAAGAGUUUAAACCUGUUACUCCAGCGUUUCCCAUGGCAGAAGUGUCAAAACAAGAACAUGAUCCUCUUUUACCUCUUUCCAAAGUUGAGCUAAUCACAGACCAUACUUCAGAACUGGAUAUUGAAUGGAGUACUGCUUCUGUGCCAGGGCCACAGAAACUUCCAGUCAGAAGGCAAGUGAAGCGUGAAGAGGAUGUAGAUGGUUUAUUUGGGAGUAAUCUUUCUGCUGAAUUAUCGACACACCCCGAAACAGACAGAGUCUUGAAUCAUGAGGAAAAAGCAUUAUCUCCUAUGGUGGAAUGGGAUGUUCAGAGCGAGAUGAUGUUAGAAUAUGAUGGAUUUAAUUGUGAAGAUAUGGAAUUUGAACCCCAGACCUACUUCUCUGUUACAGAGUUGCUGGCAUCUGAUGAUGGUGCCCCAUAUAAUGGAGGUGAUACAUCUGGGAAUUGGUCGGGGUACAUGGGAAAUGCUUCUUGUACAAUUUCACAAGAUGAGUUCCCUGAACAGUAUGGAAUAGUGGGUAAUUAUACUGAUCAGGAAGAACCUGCAAAUUCUGUAGAGCCUACCGUUAACAUCAUUCACUGUGGGAGGUGUUCACAUGCAGAACCAGUUCCUGAUCUUUUUUGCCAGAAUUGUGGGUUGCAAAUACAUAGUCACUGCUCACCCUGGGUUGAAACAUCAUUUGAGGAAGGCAAUUGGAGGUGUGGUAAUUGCCGUGAGUGGCGAUAGCUAAUCUAGUUGUCCCCUUUUGAGGCUUUGGGUUUUGUUUACAAUUGAAAAUUAUAUUGAUCUGAAUGGGUCAGAAUGGGAAAGUUCAUUCUCCAAUGCUGUUGAAACUGCGGAGAAAAUUUUGUAAAUGCUAUGGUUGACGUUUAAUAGGCCAAGCAGUGUCAACCGCUGCUGAUUUUGAGGGAGAUAGUUGCAGCUUCCUGACAAGUGGCUCCCAUUCUGAUGGAUUCAGUUUCUCAUUGGGAAGUUUGGAAAGAUUGGCUUUACUAUUUGUAGGGUUGAUGGAUUUAAUUGAUGAUGCUAGGAGGUUGCAAAUAUUAUAUAAAAAUGGGAAAUUUAUUUCCUUAAAUAGGUAAGGCCAUCAUUUUUCAAUCUACAGACUUUCUAUGAUCUUGGAAGAUAAGCAGGUUUUUUGUGCUUAUCUCUUUGAAUUUCUUGUAUUUAAAAAAAAGAAAAAAAGAAAAAAAGGAUGAAGAAAAAGAACUACCACAAAUUUUUUGCAAUCAGAUGGGGUUUUAUUA